GAACGUGUUCACACUGGUUCGGAUCCAGAUUAAAUCCAGCUGAACGUGUUCACACUGGUUCGGAUCUCAGUCUGACGCAGGUUCUCUGGUGUUUCAGGGUCACAUGCCGACUCAUCAGCUCCUCAGGAAAUACGACCUGAUGCAGUUUGUGGACGUCACUAAAGCUGUGAGCGAGGGGAACCUGCUGCUGCUGAACGAAGCUUUGUCCAAACACGAGACGUUCUUCAUCCGCUGCGGAAUCUUCCUCAUCCUGGAGAAGCUGAAGAUCAUCACCUACAGGAACCUCUUCAAGAAAGUGUAUCUGCUGCUGCGGACUCACCAGCUUCCUCUGGACGCCUUCCUGGUGGCGCUGAGGAUGAUGCAGGUGGAGGACGUGGACAUCGACGAGGUGCAGUGUCUCCUGGCGAACCUCAUCUACAUGGGUCACAUCAAAGGUUACAUUUCCCAUCAGCACCAGAAGCUCGUGGUCAGUAAACAGAAUCCAUUCCCGCCUCUCUCCUCCGUCUCCUAGACGACGUUACCCACAACCCCCUCUGACUGUGACGCUCCACUAACUCACCUUUUUUAUUUUGUACUGUAAAAAGAUGUUGAAUAAAACAGAUGCUGGUUUGUA